AUGUCGCGGAACGUGCCCAGCGUCGCCUUGUCCCGGCCCCCGCGCCAAUCUGGCCGUUUCGCCUGCUCAGCGCCUCUCCAUCAUCUCCUCCCCCUCCCCCUCCCUCCCCCUCCCUCCCCCUCCCUCCCCCAUCCCCCCUUCCCCUCCAGCCCACCGCACACGAACCCCCACCGGACAAGAGACGGCCGUACGGCUCCGCCAGAGCCUCCCAGCCCCAGUCGCCCGUCUCCCAUCUGGCACCCCCCGCCUGCUCUCACUCCGGUCAAUCAUCCCCGUCUUUCGAUUCACCCCCGCCCGCCUCCCAUCCUUCCCUUUCCCGCCCAUCCCGCACCCGCACACGCACACAUCCCCCCACCUCCCGCCCUCAUCCCCCUCCACCGUCUCCACCCCGGUGUCCCGCCGCCCGUCGGCGUCGCCUCCUGCUUUCGAGUCCGUGCGGCCGGAUGA